GAUUGAAAAGUAGUACAAAACCAGAUAAACCCACAGAGUUUUCUCUAAAAAUACAUUUUCUUAUUUAGAAAAAGAAAAUAAAUACCCAACCCAAAAUCAUCCUCAUCAUCUCUAUACCCCCAAAUCAAAUUCCUCCAAACACAUCAAAAACCUUAAACAACAAAACCAACCACUGGUGCACAUGUUCUUUGUAGUUGUGUUUUCAGCAGUGUCGUUGACUUUGUAUGUUCCGCCAAUCAGAAGCUUGAAUCUUUUUGUACAAACCAUGGAGGAGAUAUGGAGGGAAUCUAACCAUGGAGAAGCUUGAAACCGGCCCGACCAUAAACGAGACCCGCCGGCCCGACCGCCGGCCUGAUGUUGGAACGGUUUUGUGGGCUGAACCGGCCCGGAUGAACCGGCCGGACCGGUUCAACCGGCCGGCCCGGUCCGGUUUUAAAAACAUUGCACUUAAGCACAACGGAUAAUAGAUAUUUGAUUAAGAAAAGAAAUCUGGACGGGUGAAGAGGGGCAAACAAAGGUGAAUGAGUUGAUCAUGUACUAUCACAGCUGCUUCUUCUUCGUCAUCUAGGUUAUGCUGCUAUUCAAGUUCUUUCUCUGCAGAUGAAGCAGGCGACAAGUAAUGCCUUUUUUGUGUCUUCUUUAUCUCAAACCCCCAUAAUUUUCCCCCAAAUCUCUCAUUUACCCCCUAUGCAGCAUUCAUGCGCACUCCAACUGUUUGAUAAAAUGCCAUACGGCCCUAAUUUCCUAUAAAACCUCAUACAAUGCCAUAUGAGGGUUCAGUGACUCACGUUUCAUGUCUUACUGAUCAAGUUGUGUCAGUCUCAAGUAUGUAUCCCUUUUUAUUUUUGUUAUAAGAAUACUUGUUGUAAUGAAAGUUGUUAGUGGGUACAUAUAGAUUGAUUAUCCAUGUAGAUGCAUAUCGGGAUAUCUACACUCACUGCUGUGGGGUUUAAUUCAGAACAUGUUUACACUGCUGUUAAUUUUGUGCUGUUAGGAACUGCACUCAGUGCUAAUUGCAAUAGUAAAAUAUUAUCAGCUUUGCUUCGGUGGUUUAGCAAUGUGUAGAGUUCAGGUCUUCUUUUUCCUCCUUUAAAUCAUCAGAUUAUGUAUAUUUUAAGCUGCAAUCUUUUAUCUUAGUUUCUGUUUUAUUCUUCUAUUUGCUGAAUUGGAAACUUGGUAUGUUCUUAAAUCAAACAGCUGCAUAGGAUGUCAUCCCUUUUUUAAUCAAACCCUUGAUUCUACAUCUGUAAAGAUACUUUGAAAUGGAACCAUUUCUUGCUGUGAAUAUUGAAACAACCUAGACUACACAUUUAUUAUGUUUUAAUGAGCUUAAACAUAAUAUUUGUUCUUUUUGCAGCAGUUUGAACCUGUUUAUGUAAUUAAAUUAAGGUUUAAUAACAGAAGAUGGUUAGUAGUUUUCAGUUAGAGACUGUAGCUAUUUGUAUAGUCAGCAGUUUUUGUGGUACCUGUGUUUUUGAACUAUGGUAUUCUAUUUUUUUAUGAGAGCACGUCACCAGAACAUGUUACAUGGUAUGAUACGUAAUGAAAUUAGUAAAUGUGUUGAACUUAGAGCCCUCUAAGUCGAAUUAUGAAACUGUUAUCUUCUUUAAUUUGUUUGUGUACAAAGAUUAUGUCACAUUUUACUGGUAUGCAAUGCAAUGCAAUGCAAUGCAAUGUACAUUAAGUGCAUUAUGUGAUGUAUUCUACAGAUUGCUCUUAAAAGAAACAAAACUUUUAGCCAGUGAAAAUAGUGGCCAGAUAAUAAUCUGUAAUGAACUUAUAGCACACGCCUGUAACUUUUAGAAUUAUGACUACGUAUAUUUUCAUUUUCAAGCAAUUGCUCAUAUCCUAUUAGGACUUAACAAAACAAAAUAAAUCACAAUUUGUCUAUAGCAAUUUCAUCAAUCAUGUUUGCUUCUCGUAUAAUUUAUUCACACUUUUCUCUCAUUGACUGGAAAUUUGUCAAGCAAUACUUUGAAGGGAGCAAUAACUUCAUAUCUUGGCCACCUCAAUCGUCUACGUUGGUUCCCUCGUAUAUUAGGGUGCUGUCUAUACGUCAAAGGCGAAAAAAAUUCAAAAUUUGGAGGAUGUUAUUUUCACAAUGCUAUAAUUGGUUUAAGAGUUCUUGAGCAGAAAUCUUUGAUAGCUAUUUUAGAUACUUAUGAUUUACCCUUGCAUGACCUUAUAAUAGAAAUGGGCUGGAAUAUUGUUCGUCGUUUGCACCCUGAUGAUCCUAGCAGACAUAAACGAUUAUGGAUUAAAGAGGAAAAUUGAAGAUAUAUUGGUUAAUGAAUCGGUAAGGUUAGGCUUAUAGGAAAAGUAAAAAAAAUAUAUCAUUUUGAUUUGUUACGACAAAAACUUCAUAUAAGCUUUUAUUUACACGGUACUGGAGCAACAAGUAUAAAACUACUUAAUACGGAUCUCGAUACAUCAGUUAUUAUGAAAGGUCUCAGAAAUAUGAGGGAACUUAGGUUUCUUCACGUGGAUAACCAACAAAGAAAAUGGAAAGUUGAUGAAGUUAGCCAAUACUUAGCAGAUGCUUUACGAGCUCUAUCUUGGCCUCGAUACCCUUAUUCAUGUUUACCUAAAGUCAGGGGCGGAUUCAGGCUGGUUCACCGGGUUCCCGGGAACCCAGUCGAUUUGGAAAAAAACGUUUUUUUGUAGUGUAAACCUUGUAUGAUUUGAAAAAAAAAAAACGUUUUUUUGUAGUGUAAACCUUGUAUGAUUUGAAAAAAGGAACCCAGUGUAAAAACUGGCUGGAUCCGCCACUGCCUAAAGUAGUUCGAGGAAGUAAGCUUGUUUAUGUUAAAAUGGAGUGGAGCAAUAUCUCAACUCUGGGAAGGGGGAGAAAGAAAGGUUCUUGAUAAGCUUAGAUUCCUUGACCUCAGUUUUUCAGAGUUGGGAACCCUUGACCUUGGGAUGACUCCAAAUCUGGAGUGGUUGCACCUUGGAGGAUGUUUUGAACUUGUAGAACUUCACAUGCCAAUUCAAUGUCCAAAGCUUGUAUUCCUCAAUCUCUGUGGUUCUAAGUUGAGUAACCUUAACCUUGGGCUAACGCAACAUCUCAAGACUUUACUUCUUGAAGAAAGUGAUUCCUUUGUAGAACUCUACAUGCCCGUUGAAUGGCUGAAGCUUGAAUUCCUCGACCUUAGAGGUAUUAAGGCGAGUAACAUUAACCUUGGGAUGACUCCACGUCUCAAGAAUUUAUAUCUUGGAGGAUGUAAUGAAUUUGUAGAACUCCACAUGCUAGUUGCAUGUUUGAAGCUUGCAUUCCUCGACCUCAAAGGUACUAUGGUGAUUGGGAUGACUCCCCAUCUCAAGAAGUUAUAUCUUGGAGGAUGUCAUGAAUUUCUAGAGCUCCACAUGCAUGUUGAAUGUAUGAACCUCUCGAAGUCCUCGACCUCAGUGGUUCUAAGGUGAAUAACUUAAACCUUGGGAUGACUCCACAUCUCAAGGAGUUAAAUCUGGAAGGAUGUAGAGACUUUGUAACUCACAUGCCCAUUGAAUGUCUAGAGCUCAAAUCCCUCAACCUCAGUGGUUCUUAGGUUAGUUACCUUAACUUUAGCCUGACUCCACAUCUCAAUAAGGUAGAUCUUGAAAAAUAUAAUCAUCUUCGAGAAGUCCAGGGAUGUCGAAAAGAUCUCCUCCACCUAAACAUAAGUGGUUGCUCGCGGUUUAAAUAUUCUGUUUGUAGAAAAAGGCGACAUGAAGCUGGUCUAGGUUUGGUGUCUAUUUUUGAUCUAAUUGCAAAGUCCCCUGCUAUAUGCCCACUCUGUUAGAUUGAAUCACACUACCAGAAUGAAUAUCUUUGACGCAAGAAUUGAUGAUGUUCUUAAUUGAAUUGGUGAAUCAUAUUCGAUACAUAUGAGUGCAUAUAAAUCCGAGGGGCUCACAUAGGAUAACCGCCCCAACCUAUGAUAUCGAAUAAUAAAUAAUAAUAAUACCGAUAACCCUAACUAAUAUAAUCUAAUAUGUAUAUAUAUAUAUAUAUGUAACAAAAAAAAUCUAGCUUAUAAUUUCUUUUCGGUCUAAUACCCUCCCUUAAGCUGGAUUUCUCUAAACUGUAGGAGUUCCUUUAAUCGCUGGAAGUCCUUGAGUUGCAAGGCUUUAGUGAGGAUGUCUGCUACUUGUUGCUUGGUUGAACAAUAACAUAGUUCUAUUUGUUCCUUCUUGACCAAAUCCUGAAUGAAAUGGUAUUUGAUUCUUAUGUGCUUACUCUUACCGUGAUACACCGGGUCUUUGGCUAAACAUAUUGUCGAUUUAUUAUCACAGUAGAUCCGCUUCCGUAGAUGACAAAGCUACCACCUUUUGCUUCUUUGAUUGCCAGGCCACAACUCCAGAUCCGAGGUAGAAAACGUAUCAUGACGUGCUUUUACUGUCAUCGAUGCUCCCUGCAUAGUCACUGUCACUGAACCCGAGCAGCGAACCUUUGCUUCUUUUUGAGUACACUAAUCCUUGUUUUAUUGUUCCCUUUAUAUAUCUAUAUAUCUAAGAAUUCUUUUCCCAGCUUCCCAAUGACUUCUAUUUGGUUGUUCCAUAAAUUGACUGAUCUUAUUGACGGCAAACAUAAUAUCCGGCCUUGUAUUAGUCAGGUACAUGGGGCUGCCAACUAGUCUUCAAUAGAUAUUAGGUUCUAUCUCUUCAUCAGGGUCCUACUUGGAGAGUCGUAAUCCGUAUUCCAUUGGAGUGGAAUUACCCGUGCAGUUUGUCAUGUUAAAUCUUUCCAAUAACCCUCUAGCAUAUUGAUGUUGUGAAAGCACAAUAUCUCCGUCUUUACACAAAACUUCCAUUCCGAGGAAGUAAUGCAGAACUCCCAUAUCCGUCAUCUCGAAUUCCUUUUUCAUUGACUCCUUGAACUUGCUUAUCAUUAAUAAUGAAUCACUUGCAAUAAUUAGAUAAUCAACAUAAAGACAGAUUAUGAGUUUUGCCUUUUCGGUUAUCUUGAUAAAUAACGUAUGUUCAUAAGUACAUUUCUUGAACCCGUUUGACAAGAAAUAUCCUUCUAUCCUGCUAUACCAAGCCCUCGGUGCUUGGUUUGAACCAUAGAGUGCAUUUUUAAGUUUGCAUACCUUUCUUUCUUCAUCUUUGAUAGCGUAUCCUUCUGGUUGUUCAAUGAACACUUGUUCAUUUAAGUUCCCAUUUAGAAAGGCUGUUUUUAUAUCCAUUUGAUGUAAAUGCCAUCCAUGAUGAGCAGUUAAUGCUAAAACGAGUCUAACUGUAUCGAAUCUAAUUACUGGAGCAAAGACAUCUUGAUAGUCGAUGCCGUACUUUUGUUUGUAACCUUUCACCACCAAUCUUGCUUUAUGUUUGCUCACCUCCUCAUGCUCAUCAUAUUUAGUUUUGUAUAUCCAUUUUACUUCUAUUGGUGCUUGACCUUUUGGAAGUUUAACUAAUUCCCAUGUUUCAUUUUUAAGUAUAGAAUCCAUCUCCUUGUCCAUAGCCUCCUUCCAUUUAGUUUGUUUACUAGCUUCUUCAUAUGUUGUUGGAUCCGUAUCGGCAAAGAGAACGAAGUUCGCUACAUUAUUUGAACUGCUGCUUUCUUUAUCAUACAGUGCUUCUACUUGAGUCUUUGUAAGUGGCUUGGUUUUGCGAUAUACAUCGGUUACCAUCUUGGUUCUUAUGACCUCGUUCUCUGAUGAUGACGAUGAGUCUCCGUCUUCAGCUUCAUUGUGUACAUCUGCAGACGGAACCCCAACUUUGGUCUGUGAGAGACAGAGACUGAUUUUGUAGCAGCUGAGAUUUCAUAAAAAGGGUUUUUGUGAGUCCGAUUAGCGAUUCCAACAAGGAAAAGAGUCGUCAACCAGCAUACAUUCUAUGGCAUCAACUUCAGCUUCAUCCAUUGAAAAGAGCUUCAAGUAUGAUGUAUUUUUGAGUUUUAGGGGUGAAGACACCCGUAAGACCUUUAUUGAUCAUCUCUAUCUUGCUCUUCACCAUAGAGGCAUUAUCACUUACAAAGAUGAUGAGAAAAUCGAGAAAGGAAAAGGGAUCGAUGAUCAGCUCAUCAGAUCCAUCGAAGACUCCAAAUUUCACCUAAUUGUAUUCUCAAAGAACUAUGCAUCUUCAUCUUGGUGCUUAGACGAACUCGUGAAGAUUAUGGAGUGCCAGAGGACGACCGAGUUGCAAACUGCUUACCCCAUCUUCUAUGAUGUGGAACCCACCGAAGUCCGCAACCAAAGUGGGGUAGUUGGAGAAGCCUUCGCCAAACAUGAAAACAAAGAGGCUGCUGGAAGAUGGAGAGAUGCUCUAAAAGAAGCAGCCGGUUUGGCUGGGUGGGAGUUGAAUAAAACUCUUGAUGGGCAUGAAGCUAAGUUUAUCCAGAAAAUUAUUGAAAAGAUUUCACCAAAGCUAUAUUUCAUCAGUUUGAGGAGUGAUGAGAACUUAGUGGGGAUGGAGACGCGGGUAAAGGAUGUAGUUUCAUCUCUAGAAAUUAAUUCUAAUGAUGUUAGUAUGAUAGGGAUCAAGGGGAUGGGAGGUGCUGGCAAGACGACUUUGGCCAGAGCAGUUUUUGAUCAUAUCUCCGUUUGGUUUGAAGGUAAAAGCUUUGUUGAGAAUGUCAGAGAAGGUUCAAAAGGCUCUGGUUUGAAGGAAUUGCAAAAACAGGUCCUUCAAAAUGUGUUAAAUGAUAAAAAUUUGGAUGUAGAAAGUGUUUAUGAUGGGAAAAUUAUGAUGAGAAAGAUUAUGCCUGGCAGAAAGGUUCUGGUUGUUCUAGAUGACGUGGAUCACAUAGACCAGCUUAAGGCGUUAGCAGGUUCACCUAAAUGGUUUAAGCCAGGAAGUAAAAUCAUCAUCACAACAAGAGAUGAGCAAGUGUUGAGGGCUCACGGAGUGAACUUUAUCCAUGAUGUUAGUCUGUUAUCACACGAGGAAGCAAUUUGCCUCUUCAAUAGGUGUGCAUUUGUGAGAGAGAUUCCAGUUCAAGAGUAUGAAGAGCUAUCAAGAAAAGUUGUACAUUAUGCUGCUGGUCUUCCGUUAACAAUCACAGUUCUGGGCUCGUUUCUUUGUGGAAGAGCUGCACAUGAAUGGGAAGAUGCCUUAGAAAGACUAAAAACAAUUCCGGAAGAUCAAACAUUACAAAGAUUGGAACUAAGCUAUAGUGGUCUAGAGAAUGAUCACAAAGAAAUAUUCCUAGAUGUUGCAUGCUUACUAAGAGGUGAAACAAAAGACGAAGCGGCCAGAGUACUUAAAAGUUGUGGAUUUAAUGCUGAAAUUGGUUUAAGUGUUCUUGAGCAGAGAUCUUUGAUAACGAUUUCGGAUACGGACUGUUUGUGCUUGCAUGACCUUAUAGAAGAAAUGGGCUGGAAUAUUGUUCGUCGUUUGCACCCUGAUGAGCCUAACAAACAUAGCCGGUUAUGGAUUAAAGAGGAAAUUGAAGAUAUAUUGGUUAAUCAAUCGGGUACAAAAGCAACAAGAUGUAUAAAGCUGCAGUUUACGAAUCUCCAUCCAACUAUAAUUAUGGAAGGUCUUAGAAAUAUGAAGGAACUUAGAUUUCUAUCUGUGGAAAAUGACAACAUAGAAUGCGAAGUUGAUGAAGUUGGUCAAUAUUUACCAAAUACUUUACGAUGUCUACAUUGGCUUCGAUACCCUUUUUGGUGUUUACCUGAAACAUUUCAAGCAAAUAAGCUGGUUAAGCUUAAAAUGAUUGAGAGCAAUAUUUGUGAACUCUGGGAAGGGGAGAAAAGAAAGGUUCUUAACAAGCUCAGAUUCCUUGAGCUCACUGAUUCAAAUUUUAGAACUUUUGACCUUGGCAUGGCUCCAAAUCUUGAAAUAUUAUAUCUUAAAGGGUGUAAUGACUUUGUAGAACUCUACAUUCCCGCUGAAUGUCCCAAGCUGAAAUCUCUCAACGUUGGUGGUUCGAAAUUGAGAACCUUUGACCUUGGAAUGACUCCGAAUCUCGAAGCAUUAGAUCUUGUUGAAUGUAUUGAAUUUCAACAACUCCACACGCCCACUGAAUGUCCCAAACUGCAAUCCCUCAACCUAGGUUGUUCAAAGUUGAGAAACGUAAAUCUAGAAUAUUUUUAUCUUACAAAAUGUUCUAAAUUUUUACAACUCCACAUGCCAGAAUGUCCCAACCUAAAAGCCUCCACCUCGGUGGUUUAAAGUUGAAAACCUUUGACCUUGGGAUGACUCCAAAUCUCGAAAUAUUAAAUCUUCUAGGGUGUGAUGAGCUUGUAGAACUCCACAUGCCCGCUGAAUGUCCCAAGUUAAUUGUCCUCAACCUUGGUCAUUCAAAGUUGAGAACCUUUGACCUUGGGAUGACUCCAAAUCUCGAAGUAUUAGAUCUUUCUAGAUGUAAUAACUUUGUAGAACUGCUCACGCCUAUAGAAUGCCCUAAGUUGGAAUUCCUCGGCAUUAGUAAUUCUAAGAUGAGUAGCCUUAACCUCGAGCGGAUUUCACAAAUUCAAUUUUUAUAUCUCAUUGACUGCUAUGACUUUGUAGAACUUCACAUGCCUGUUGAAUGUCCAAACCUUGACAUUCUAAUGCUCAAUGGUUCAAAGUUGAGAACCUUUGACCUCGAAAUGACUCCGAAUAUCAGAAUAUUAUAUUUUGAUGGAUGUUGUGAAUUUCAACAACUCCGAAUGACCAGUGAAUGUCUCAAGCUGGAAACCCUCAACCUUACUGAUUCAAAGUUGAGAGCCUUUGACCUUGGGAUGACCCCAAAUCUCCAAGCAUUAUAUCUGAAUGAAUGUUACGAACUUCAUCGACUCCACAUGCCUGCUGAAUGUCCCAAGCUGGAAUCCCUCAACCUCGGUGGUUCAAGCUUGAGAACUUUUGACCUUGGGAUGAUUUCAAAUCUCGUCACAUUAAAUCUUGAAAGAUGUUAUGAAUUUCAACAACUCCACAUGCCUACUGAAUGUCCCAAGUUGAAAUCCAUCAACCUCAGUGGUUCAAAGUUGAGAACCUUCAACCUUGGUAUGACCCCAAAUCUUGAAAUAUUAGAUUUGGGAUGGUGUUAUGACUUUGUAGACCUCCACAUGCCUACUGAAUGUCUCAAGCUGAAAUCCCUCAACCUCAGUCAUUCAAGCUUGAGCACUUUUGACCUUAGGAUGACUUCAAAUCUCGUCACAUUAAAUCUUGAAGGUUGUUAUAAAUUUCAACGACUCCACAUGCCCACUGAAUGUCCCAAGCUGAAAUACCUUAAACUCGGUCAUUCAAUGUUGAGAACCUUUGACCUUGGGAUGACUCGAAAUCUCGAAACAUUAGAUCUUGAAGAAUGUCUUGAAUUUCAUCAACUCCAUAUUCCCAUUGAAUGUCCCAAGUUGAAAUCCCUAAAUCUUGGUCGUUCAAAGCUGAGAACUUUUGACCUUGGGAUAACUCCAAAUCUCGAAAUGUUAGAUUUUAAACGGUGUAAUGACUUUGUAGAACUCCGCAUGCCUGAUGAAUGUCCCAAGCUGAAAUUCCUUGACCUUAGUUUUUCAAAGUUGAGAACCCUUGACCUUGGGAUGACUUCAAAUCUUGAAAAAUUAAUUCUUGUAAAUUGUUAUGAAUUUCAACGACUCCACAUGCCCACUGUAUGUCCCAAGCUGAGAUUACUCAACAUAGGUGGUUCAAAGUUGAGAACCUUUAACCUUGGGAUGACUCCAAAUCUCGAAAUGUUAUGUUUUAAAUGGUGUAAGGAGUUUGUAGAACUCCACGUGCCUGUUGAAUGUCCUAAGCUGAAAUCCCUUUGCCUCGGUCAUUCAAAGUUGAGAACCUUUGACCUUGGGAUGACUUCAAAUCUCCAAAACAUUAGAUCUUAAAGAAUGUUAUGAAUUUCAACGACUCCACAUUCCAACUGAAUGUCCCAAGUUGAAAUCCAUCAACCUCGGUGGUUCAAAGUUGAGAACUUUUGACCUUAGGAUGACUCCAAAUCUGGAAACGUUAAAUCUUGAAGGGUGUAAUGACUUUGUAGAACUCCACAUGCUUGUUGAAUGCCCAAAGCUCAACUACCUUAGUCUCAAUGGUUCUAAGGUGAGUAACGUUAACCUUGGGAUGACUCCACGGAUCGAGACAUUAAAUCUUCAAGGGUGUGAUGACUUUGUAGAACUUCACAUGCCCACCGAGUGUCCAAAUCUCAAAUUCCUAUGGCUUAACGUUUCUAACAUGAGUAACAUUGACUUUGGGCUGGCUCCACAUAUCGAGAUGCUAUAUCUUGAAGGGCGUAAUGACUUUGUAGAACUUCACAUUAUAGAGGCACUAAAGCAUCUGCACCAUCUACAAAGUCUAACAUUGUCAUUUAAAAAGAUUAAGCAUCUUCCGGAUAGCAUUUGUUUGUUGAAACAUUUGAAAUUUCUAGAACUUAAAUCUUGUUGGUGUCUUGAGCAGUUACCCAAGGAUCUUGACAGGUUAGAUUGUUUGGAGACGUUAGACUUAACGGAUUGUAUUUUCUUGCAAGAUAUUCCAAACAACAUCUGCAAGAUCAAAGGUUUAACAAGGUUAUGUCUCAGCUAUUGUAUUCUAGUUGAGAAUUUGCCAGAGGAACUUGGCCGUUCAGAAUGUUUGAGAACGUUGAACAUAGAAGGUGCGGGCAUAAGUCGUCUUCCCCAAAGCAUUUAUCAAUUGAAAGGGCUGCGUAUUGUUGGGUCUAGGUGGCGGCUUGAAUCAUAUGGUUUUACAUCCUUGGAAAAAGUCUCAGGAUGGCUGCUUGCGUCAUAUGGUUUUACAUCCUUGGAAGAAGUCUCAGGAUCCACAGGGUACUCUGUUGUAUUGCCAUGAAUAACAACCUGAGUCUCCUAAUGGAUGAUUAUAAGGUGGUCCUCAAUUCAAAAAAAAAAAAAAAAAGUAAUCAAAUUUCUGUGUAAAUCAAUAA